AAAACGAUCGACCACACCAUCUCGGGAAUUUCCUGUCGCCGCAGAAAAAAAGAAGGGAAAAAAAGAAGCGGCACCGCAAGCCGAAAGGCGCAGAGCUAUAAAACCGCCACGGCUGGAAGCGGCGUCCCAGAGACGCGCACGCACGGACGAGACAGAGGAGCGCACGCACGGAGGAGAAGAGAGAGGAAUCGAGAACCCAAGGCGGGUUUGAUUCAGCGAUGGAGACGGCGCUCGUGGAGCGGCUCGAGGCGGCGGUGGCGCGCCUGGAGGCCGCCGUUGCCUCCGGCGCCUCGCUCUCGGCGGCGGCGCCGCGCGAACUCGACGUCCCGGCCGCGUCGGAUCCGGCCAUCGUGGCCUACGACGAGUUCGUCGCGGAGGCCGUCGGCCGCCUCACGGCCGCGGCCGAGAAGAUCGGUGGGAAAGUGCUCGACGCCACCAAGGUGCUCGCCGAGGCCUUCGCCGUCGCCAAGGACCUGCUCGUCCAGGCCAAGCAGCUACAGAAACCUGCAUCAAUGGCUGACGCACAGGAUUUCUUUAAGCCCCUCAGUGAUGUUAUCACAAAAGCAACUGCAAUGACCGAAGGAAGGAGGCCCGACUAUUUCAAUCAUUUAAAGAGUAUUGCUGACAGUCUCCCUGCUUUGGCUUGGGUUGCAUUUUUGGGGAAGGAUUGUGGCAUGAGCUUCCCAACAGCACAUGUUGAAGAAAGCUGGCAGAUGGCUGAGUUCUAUAAUAACAAGGUUCUUGUGGAGUACAGGAACAAAGACCCUGAUCAUGUUGAGUGGGCUAAAGCUUUGAAGGAUCUAUACAUACCUGGUCUGCGGGAUUAUGUUAAGAAAUAUUACCCUCUUGGUCCUGUCUGGGGUCCUGCUGGAGGUUCCCUUGUUUCCCAACCGAAGGCUGCUGCCCCAACACCUAAAGCACCAGCGGUUAAGGCUCCCCCUCCACCAGCUCCUCCUUCAGCGCCUCUUUUUAGCACAGAGAAGUCUCCAAAAUCUUCACAGCCUAAAGAAGGGAUGUCAGCUGUUUUUCAAGAGAUUAGUUCAAAACCUGUGACUUCAGGGUUACGAAAGGUUACUGAUGACAUGAAGACUAAAAACCGUGCUGCUAGAAGCGGUGUUGUCAGCAGCACUGCUGCUGCUCCUGCUGCAGCUCCUGAGAAGACUUCUCGUGCAGGGUCAUUCUCCUUCAAGUCUGGACCCCCAAAAAUGGAGCUUCAGAUGGGACGCAAAUGGGUGGUCGAGAAUCAGGUUGGUAAGAAGAACCUUGCUAUUGAUGACUGUGAUUCCAGACAAUCCGUCUAUGUAUAUGGAUGCAAGGAUUCUCUCCUUCAAGUAAAUGGCAAGGUUAAUAAUAUAACUGUUGACAAAUGCACCAAAUUUGGAAUCGUUUUCAAGGAUGUUGUUGCAGCUUUUGAGGUUGUCAACUGCAAUGGUGUUGAGGUCCAAUGUCAGGGUACAGCACCAACAAUAUCAAUCGACAACACAUCUGGGUGUCAGCUAUACUUAAGCAAAGAUUCGCUGGGAGCUUCAAUUACUUCAGCUAAAUCUAGUGAAAUUAAUGUGAUGGUUCCAAGUGGUGUCACUGAUGGCGAUUGGGUGGAGCAUGCUUUGCCUCAGCAGUACAUCCAUAGCUUCAAGGAAGGGCAAUUCAUCACGUCACCAGUUUCACACUCUGGAGCGUAAAUCUGAUUACAUCUGAUGAUGGCUGCUAUUCUGUGCUUGUUUGUUUGUUGGACGCCGCCUUUGCUUGCCUUGUUUGAAGAUGUUGGCAUGUUAAGAGUUGUGAAGAUGGUGGUAUGUUGAGAGUUGUAGCCGUUUUUGGUCUCUGUUGGAGCACUGGAUUGGGUCUGCCAUUGUUGUUUCUGUUGUCCUUGCUCGGUGUGUGUUUUGUUUACACAUGGUUCCUUUUGGUUGGUAUAUUUAUAUGCCAACAAAACUACUUGUGUGUCUUCAGCUGACCAUUCUUUAACGAUGUGCAUCUCAUUGUAUUGUCAUUGAUGUGGAUGCUUGCUU